UGAGCUUCACAGCUCAUCGGAUUCCUCCUGUCAAAAUAUUCCGAUUUAGCUCCUUGCAACACGGGCCCGUGUGAACCACACUGCGCAAGUGCUACUCCUGCUGUUGCUGCCGGUAGCAACAGCGCCUCUCCUGCCGCCGGAGGAAGGCAACCGUGGCAGGCCGGGUGGGAUUGUGGGAAAUGGCCUGUCAGCGCCGGCGCGUGCCCGGCUGGCGCCUCUUCCUCGUCGCCUGCUUCCUCUCGUGGCUGCUGGCGCUCGCCGCCGUGUGCCUGCUGCUGGGCGACGUCAACCGCGACACCUACGCUCCCGCCGCCCUCUCGCGCUCGCUGGGCGCCGUCACGCGACUCCUGGGGAGCGGCGGUGACGGCGGCGACCGCCGCCGCCCGCGACCCUCGCGGAAACCUCCGAGCGCCGCCGAUGACGGUGGAAUCGGCGGGAGGCGACGGGACGACGGAUUCCGCGGGCCGGCGCGGCCGGGUCCGGCGGAAUCCUUCGCGGGGAAUCCCCCCCGGGCUCUGCUGCUCGCCAAUCGGGAAGACGGGCGGCUCGGGGCAGGGGCCGAGCUCUCGCCGCCGCCGCCCGCGGAGGCCGGUGGCGACGGGCCGGCGUUCCGGAGGGCGCACGGCAGGAGCGGCGUCCUGAAGGUCGUGUCGCGAGACGGCGUCGCGCCGGCGGGAGGUUCCGUGGGGAACGGCCGGGCGAGACCGCGACCCCAGCAACCCCGACCCCAACAACCCCGACCGAGACACCAACAACCCCGGUGGCCCCAACGACGGCCGCGACCGCGGCCCGCGGCGCGUCCCGCCGCGUGGCCACGCGCGAUCCACGCGGGCGUGUGGAACGAGGGCACGGGCUCGCGGCAGCUGGCGCCGCGCCUGCAGCGGGCGCGCGAGAAGUACAUCGAGCAGAACAAGCACGGCGUGCGCUACGCCGGAGCGGUCGGGCGGCCUCCUCCCGCGGGGCCGCUGUCGGCGGCCGGCCGCCGCGACCUCCUGUGCCUGGUGGCCGAGCGGGUGGCGGCGCUGCGGUCGACGCUCACGCUCGGAGGCUCCGAGGCGCCCUUCUCCGCGAUGGGCGCGUGGAGGGAGGCGCUGGACGCGGGCGGGCUGGAGCGCGCCGUGUCCGGGGGGCGCUCGCUGGAGCGCUGUGCCGUCGUGUCGUCGGCAGGAGCCAUGCUCGGGUCGGGGCUGGGACGAGAAAUCGACGCUCACGACGCUGUGCUCCGCUUCAACGCCGCGCCGACCGAACACUUCGAGAAUGACGUCGGGACCAAGACCACGAUCCGUCUCGUUAACUCCCAGAUCCUGGCUCGGCCUCAGAACAACUUCUCCCGGAGCACUCUCUACCGUGACGUGGCGCUGCUUGUGUGGGACCCGGCGCCGUACUCACUCAACCUGACACAGUGGUUCCACGACCCGGACUACAACUUCUUCCCUGCGUUCCUGCGCCGCCGGCAACGCCACCCAACGCAGCCGGCGUUCGUGCUGCACCCCGCCUACCUGUGGCGCAUCUGGGAACUGCUGCAGGACAGCGCCACGGAGCGCAUCCAGCCCAACCCACCGUCCUCCGGCUUCCUGGGCGUCGUGCUGAUGAUGUGGCUUUGCGACGAGGUGAGCGUUUACGAGUUCCUGCCGUCGCGGCGCCGCACCGACCUGUGCCACUACCACGAGGACUACACGGACCGGGCGUGCACCGAGGGGGCCUACCACCCCCUGCUCUACGAGAAGAACCUCGUCAAGAGACUCAGCACCUCCUCCGACCACGACCUCUUUUGGGCCGGGAGAGCCACCCUGCCGGGACUGAGGAGGGCGAUGGAGAGCUGCCCCCCGCGGACUCGCCAAUAAUCGUGGCCGCCCAAACUGUUGCGGUCGACGACAUCGUCGUUGCGUUCGCCGUCACGGAUGGGGGAUGACGAUCGCUGGGAUUGCGUCGGCAAGGAAGAGCGUCGUCGCAACAAUCAUGGCCAUCUAAACCUCAACGUUGUGAUGACGAUGACGACGAUAACAGGUGAUUGUGGUCGGGAGGUCCGCAAUUCUCAUCCAUUGGCUGCUGGACUGGGCCCUGCCACUGGAACGUGGAAUUUAUAGUGGUGUCGCCUUGUAAACCUGCUACCCUUGCCGCCACUGUUGACCCAUACCAACAGCACCAGGAAUUGCCGCAAGGGACUUUACCAAAGCAAUCCUGUAAGACUCCACGAUGUCAUCAUCACCGCGAGAAAGCCAUUAUGUUUCCGGUCAAUGUACUUUCAAGAGCGAUUGGGUUUUUUUUUGUCCAAUCCAACCGGGAAAACGGGAAUCGGCCAACGAUUGCCGAUUAUUUAUGAUUUGAAAAACCACAACAACGACACCGAACGUCGUUUUAUUAAAGAGAGGGUGAGUGACGAUUAGAGGACGUAGGGACGGACGCUGUACAAUGAAGAAGCUUGACAACCAGUGAAUGGACUCCAACCUAGGAAGCUGCGGUGUCGCGUAUCUGUAUUUGUUGCGUUUAGAAUAUUUGGCUGCUCCAAAUUGCCACCUGACGAUAAGCCACUUCGUUGAGCUAUCAUUUGUGGCCAGGUCGCUUCCGGAAAAAGAACUGGCACAGUAUUAGCUCAGUGGGGCUUCAACAGAAGAAAAGUUUCUACUCUUUGGUUCAUUCGGUAAAGUCACGUAGGUAUAAAAUAAAAAUAAAAGUUUAGUUCAUCUGUGAUCCGGCAUGAUUGAGGAAAGGGUCAGCGGAUCACACGGAGAUUUUACAAAACUCCCAAACCCGCUAGGGGCUUCGGGUUAAGCCAGAUGUGCGGUACAACAAGGGGGGGGGGGGGGAUGGUUGUGCGAACCCAUAUGUGCAGACCUUUCGAGCAUUAACCCAUCGUAUACAAGGUGGGGUUUUCUCCAGGUGGUCCGGGUUUUAGGACAAUGAACGGAAAACAAACGGAAUUUGUUUCGACAAUUUAAUUGUUUCAACGAUCAACAGUUCGACAAUUUAAUUGUUUGGACGAUUGACAGUUCGCUAAUUGCAUUUUCCAACAAUGAAAUUGUUUCGACAAGCAACAGAAUAGUUUUAAUAAUUCGUUGCUCAUAAUGGCCUGAUUCAGGACUCUCUUGAAAAUGAGUCCUGAGGUUCGGCGAGUGAGACGAGCGCGCGAGUCUUCCCUCGAUGACGCGAAUUAUUUUUCAACUUCUUAACACCUGGGAUUUUUCCGCAGCCAAUGCUACGAUUCACGAUCGCUCUUCCGGGUUCGGCAACGACAUCGUGAUUUGUGCCAAAUUUGCGUUGAGUUAAUUUACCCUCCACCACCCAACACAGUCAUAUAAAAGAAUUGUCACGCCAGUGUACGCGUGUCGAACAACACGCUACAUUCCUCUCCUUUACACUGAGACCUCCUUUACCAGUGGCAAAAUAUAGUAGUAGGUUUUUACCCUUUAAACUGGUACAAAAC